CACGCGCGCGGGCCGGAGGAGAGGCACUUCCUAUUCCGGGUUGGCUCCCGCCUUACACCGAGGAAGGAACAAGAGCUUUGCCUUAUGGCCGUUCCAAGGAAGGUGGCAGCUUUCCAUCUGCCUCCCCUGCCAACUGUUGGAGAGAUUAUUAAACUCUUUCGCCUUAAAGCACAGAAACAACUUUCCCAGAACUUUCUGCUGGAUUUGCGAUUGACAGACAAGAUAGUGAGACAAGCUGGUGAGCUGAAAAAUGCCCGUGUUUGCGAAGUGGGCCCUGGGCCAGGAGGUAUUACCAGAUCCAUUCUCAGUGCUGGUGUUGAACAACUCCUUUUAAUUGAAAAAGAUGCUCGAUUUAUUCCAGGAUUGCAGAUGCUCUCUGAAGCAGCUCCAGGAAAAGUGCGCAUUGUUCAUGGAGAUAUUCUGACAUAUAAGAUGGAGAAGGCUUUUCCAAAGCACUUAAAGAAGAACUGGGAGGACGAGCCACCAGAUAUACAUAUUAUUGGGAAUCUGCCCUUCAGUGUUUCAACUCCUUUAAUCAUCAAAUGGCUUGAAAAUGUUUCCAAAAAGGAUGGACCUUUUAUUUAUGGUAGGACACAGAUGACAUUGACUUUUCAGAAGGAAGUUGCAGAGAGGCUUACAGCUAACCCAGGAGGGAAGCAGCGCAGCAGGCUGUCUGUCAUGGCUCAGCAUCUCUGCACUGUUGAAAACCGUUUUGUAAUUCCAGGUCAAGCCUUCGUUCCAAAGCCCGAGGUGGAUGUGGCUGUGGUGCAUUUCACCCCGUUGGUGCAACCAAAGAUACAGCAGCCGUUCGCGCUCGUAGAAAAAGUGGUCCGAAGUGUUUUCCAGUUUAGAAGAAAAUACUGCUUCCGCGGAAUCGAGACCUUGUUUCCUGAAAGUGGACGUUUGAAAAGGACAGAACAGCUGAUGAUGACAGCAAAUGUUGAUCCAACUCUGCGUCCCUUUCAGCUCUCCAUGUCCCACUUCAGAAAUCUGUGUGAUACAUACAGGAAAAUGUGUGAUGAAGACCCAAGCCUUUUUGUCUACAAUUACAGGGAAGAACUGAGGCAAAAGAAGAUGAGGAGGAAUUUACUUAAAAGUACUGGUCAGCCCGAUGAGAUUGAAGAGGAAGAUCAGCUAUAAUCAGCAGCAGACUGAUUUUAUUUUAUUUUUUUAACUCCUUGAUCUAGAGGUGUUGAUUAAAUAAAAGGAGGCUUUAUAUAGUCCUACAUCUGUGCAGGUGUGGAAGAAAUACUUUUGAGAAGGUGGUGGAGAGACAGAGGGCUUUCCCAUUUUAUGUAAAGUGGAAGAACCAUCCAGUUACAAGGUGCCUACAGGUUCGUUUUACCUUCAGGGGAACGAGGUAUGUUGUGAGACGUAAUUAAGGUGGGAUACUCCUGAAAAAAUUGUUUUAUAUGAAUGAAAGUGCAUUAUUGAAAUGUAAGAAAAAACACUUUUCAUACUUCAACAUGUAAGAGGGUGUUUGGGGUUUUGUGCUCUUUUUAUCCUGGAACAUCCUACUGUGCUGAGUAAUUUAAAAAACAAAAGCCAAAACCCUUGUAUAAAUGUACUCAAGUGACUGGCUUAGAGGAGGAUAAAGUGCGCAGAUUGCCUCAAGGUCUGCUAAUACUCUUCUCGUUUAUACAAAAGCAAAGAAUUCGGGAUUUAAAGCUCCCAACUAGAGAAAAGCAGCACGAUAAAAAGUAGAAAACAUGGCUAAGUACAAUACUUAUUUGUCUUUUACUGUACAGGCUGGUAGAGAAAAUAAAAAAUACAGUCAAAUAAAA